CUUUGCUUCGUUUUAAGUGGCUUAUCAACGAGAUAUAAGAUUCCCGUUGCCUAUUUUUUUACGAGAAACUGCACCGGUGAAAACCUUCACCAGAUCAUGAUGAACGUACUCAAGGAAGUUGAGAGUAUAGGCUUUAUAAUCGUGCGGAUCGUUACCGACAACCAUCGCAUUAACGUGAAGGCGUUCCAACUGCUAUGUGGGGUAACCUCAAGCACUGCGUACCACAUCCGACAAAUCAAGAUCGCAAACUUUUUCUCGCUUUCGAUCAGUGCCAUUUAAUUAAAAACGUACGGUCACAGUUUUUGUCGCGCGAUAUCGGAAAGGACGGGGAAAUAACCGCCCAGUACCUGAAAGACCUCUACGCAAAGCGCAGUAUUGUCAAACCAGUGCGAUUUUUAACGAGAAAACACGUACAUCCGACUAACAUUGAAAAAAUGAACGUCAGAAGGGCAGUGCAAGUCUUUUCGCCACCUGUGACCGCGGCGCUGAAGCUCCUGACAGAGCAGGCAGGUCACACAUGUGACGCAAGCUUCGCACACUUCGGUUCCACCGUCGUAUUCAUGGACACCAUGUACCGUUGGUUCGUCCUCAUGGACGUAAGCAACUGUACUCAACAUAUACACCAAAAUGACCCUGACUGCAAGCAGUACGAAUGUGAAAGGGACGAACGGCUAGGUUGGCUUGAGACUGAAUUUCUAAACUACCUGGCCGAAAUCAAGCGGCAGAGCCCGGCCAAGAAUUUUCUUACCAGAGAGACGUACCAGGGCUUGCUGUUCACAACCAUCUCAAACGUGGAGUGCGUUCGGUACCUUCUCAAGGUUAUGCGCUUCCGUUUCGUUCUAACUAGAAAGAUGUCCUCUGACCCGAUAGAGGCCUUCUUUGGGUGGUUGAGAAAAUCGGCGGGCUCGAACGACCAGACAGACAUGAGGGCAGCUUUGUCCGGGAUUGAAAAAGCACUCAAGACGGGCAUAGCCUGCACGUCCAGCAGCAGCAACGUGAUGACUGCGGACAACAGCAGCUGCUGCUCAUCAGCACUCCUACAGCGACCGGCAGGAGCAGCGCAGAAUGCCGGCGAAGCAUUCCCAGCGGAGGCAACCAUGACCCUCGAGGAGCAUCUCGACAGGGGGAAGACGUUGCUCCCAACACCAGAUGUUGCUGCACUAGCAAUGGUUGGUGGAUAUAUCGCAAGAACAAUCCACGAAACCAUUUUCUGUGAUGAAUGCUUCAAUCUAGUAACGAAACCAAACGCUUCUGCGCCAUCGGAUGCCUUAAUUAGGCACCAGGACAGAGGUGGACUCCUCUAUCCGUCUGCUGAGCUUGUAAUGGUACUGCAUUCGCUAAAGAAGUACGUGGAAGUUUUCCUCGCAAAAGCAAGAAAGAUGAACCAGCCACUAAAGGCUGCCGUUGACAACGCCGCGAAAGUACUCCAGAAACGUGAACAACUCAAGUGCUCAGCCCCAGGCCACCAUGAAAAACUCUUGGACGUCGUGCUCAUGAAGUUUCUCCGUCCACUUUUUGUGAACUUCGCGACGAGCGUGACUGACAAACACGACUUUGCGAAAGAUUUGCAUGCCAAACCAUUGUCGCGAAAAGUGCUCAAGCUAUGAGCGCGAAAUCAAAUAAAAAAGUUCGCAUUGCAUUCCGCAUACAGUGUUGGUGUUAAAAAUUUUAUGUGUGCACACUUUUUAGCGUA